AGGCUGAUACCGUCUAAAAAUGAGUCAGGUAAACGACAGCGUUAAGCCAAAUGUUAUUGAUGAUGAAAUGGUUCAGAAAGCCAUGGAAGAGCAGUGUCCAGAGGUCAUAAGGAACCUUGGCAAACGGGAAGGUGUUAAGGAUGUGACGGAGCUACAGCUUAGUUUUAGAAAUAUCCUGCAGAUUGCUAAUCUGUGGCAGUUUGAGAACCUGACGAAACUGCAGCUGGACAACAACAUCAUUGAGAAGAUCGAAGCUCUGGAGAGUCUGGUUCACCUUGUGUGGCUCGACUUAUCCUUCAACAACAUUGAAGUCAUCGAGGGCCUGGAUACCCUCGUCAACCUGCAGGACCUCAGCCUCUGCAGAAACAGAAUAUCCAAAAUCGAGCACAUGGACACAUUGCAAAAACUGCAGAUUUUCUCCAUAGGAAAGAAUAACCUGACUGCCCUGGAAGAUGUGGUCUAUCUCCGGAGGUUUAAAAACUUACGCACGCUGAAUCUCACGGGGAACCCUCUCUGCGACGAUGAACGGUACAUGCUGUUUGUGGUUGCUCAUCUUCCAGACCUUGUCUACUUGGACUUUAAGCUCGUGAGUGAGAACACGCGAGAAAAUGCAGUUUUGAAGUAUCAAUAUCUUACUGAGCAUUUGGAAUGUGAGGAGGCUCAGGCCCUGGCUCAGCUGGAAGAAAAACAGAUGAAGCAGAAGGAGCUGGAGCAGCACCAGGCAGCCUUUGUGGAGUACCUGAACGGAUCGUUCCUGUUUGACAGUCUGUAUGCAGAGGAUGCAGAAGCUGCCAAGCUGGCGUACCUCCCCGGCGUGGGCGACCUACUGCAGGCUUACAGGACGGAGUUUGUCUCCGUUUGUGAGAACCUGUUUCGCUAUGGGCUGAAAGAGUUUGAAAAACGAGAAGCUGAAGUCUCUGAUUUCUAUAAAAGCCUUCACGAAGUGUUAACAGCCAGCCAACAAGAAGCCAGGAAAAUAACCCUGGACUUUGAAAAUCGGAACCAAAGGAGGCUGGAUGAGGUUCGUAGCGCCACUAGCUCCGAUCUUGCUGAGUCCAAACGAGCCGAGUACAGGGAGGACGUGGGUCAGCUCUCAGAAGCGCUCAUGACCCUGGAAAUGCGGCAUGCUGACCAGCUGGAGGAACUAAUAAAGGAUUUUAAAGGACAGAUCGCUGUCGUCGCAUCGACAUUCAUUGAGGACGUUAAAGGAAUGAUAAGCCAGUGUCGGGACCUGGAAAACCAUCACCAUGAGCAGCUGCUGGAGAUCUGCAUCAGCACGCUGGAGAAAUCAGCCAAGAAUGAGCUGGAUGAGGAUUUGCCAGAGGACAUCCGAAUGCUUCUCGUGGACAAAAACACCAUUGUCAACGCAGUCAACGCAUCCCAUAGGAUCCGCCUGCUGAAGAUUGAUAAACGAGAGAGCGACAUCCUCUGCAACACCUACCAGUGGCAGAUCUCGGUGACAGAGAAGGCUGUCCAAAAUGAGAUCGACAGAAACCGUGACUACGUCCAAGAGAUCAUUCAGUACAUCGACAGUCUCCUGGCGGAGCUGGAUACCAGAGAACCUGGAGCUGAUGGAAUAGGUCUACCCUGGGCUGGGCAGCUGCCUUAG